AUAAUUUAAAUCAGAAUACACAUUCCCAACUUAUUCUCUUUUUUUCUUUCUCUUUUUUUAGGGGGGGGGGGGUUAAAACUUAAAACCAACAAACCAUCCAAUUUAUCAUCAAGAAAACUAGGAUUUAGUUGCAACUAAAUUUAACUAACUAAAUUUUAUUAUCAUCAAGAAAACUAAGUUCUAUUUUAUGAAAUCUCACGGACGUUGCGGCCGAAGUGGCGUGGAUGCAGCUGCAUGUUGCGCUCCAAUACCAUGUGGAAGAACAUGUUCGAGAGUGAAGAAUGAGAGUUCCUCUCUCUAUGGAUUCUGGGUUCAGGAAGGAGGAAGAGAAAAGGUUAGGGCCUUUAGAAGGUAACUCUCAAUUGAUGAGAAAUCUAUGUAAUUUAAUUCCAACAUGAAAUGAAAUGAAAUGAAAGAUUUGUAAAGUGUCAACUCUCUAUGGAUUCUUGCUUUACAUUUUCGGGCUGAAGGGGAAGUUUGAAUUUUGAUGGAAUCAUUUCAUAAUCGUGGAAUCUGGAUUUUGGG